AUGCCACCUCGACCAAAGUCAAGCAUGGAGGGUCAUAUCGAACGCGUGUACCGCAAAAAGGAUAGCAAGACAAAGCACAGUUGCCAGAUCUGCACGAAGAUAUUCGCAAGUCGCAAUGGAAUGAAGAGACACGAAAACGAGAUUCAUCAUCUUCCGAAAAAGUGCCCUUAUUGCUAUCGAGCUAUCAGGAGGCUGCCGAACCUGCGAUUGCACGUCAAAGCCCAACAUGGUACAGAACUAGGAACUGUCGUCAUGGUUGAUAUUGUUCCCGCAAUGGAUGAAGCUUUGUCUUUGGCAAGCUCUUCUUCGCAAGCUUCACCGGUUACACCAUCGCCAACAACCGACGUAACCUUAUAUGAUCCCGAAUCUUCUUCAAUACGUUUGGGUUACGCACCCUUGGGCCAAAACUCUCUACCCCUCGAUCCAAGCAUUCCAAUCGGACACGCUACUUCGAACAUUCUCGAAACUCGCGCGAUGGAACAAACUGCUUUUGGAUAUGUCAAUACGCCUGGGCAGGCUGUUGCGGACUUUGGGCCAGGCAACUGGGCGAGUUCGUACAAUCCUGCUCUUCAAAUGGGACAGCUAAGCCUCUCUGAUGGCUAUCAAAUGCAACCUAUGGGGUGGACUACCCCUAAUGGAGCUUUGACAGAUCUCAAUGAUCAAUUAUUGCCUGUUGGUGCCUACUAUGGCCCCGUGGGCGUUGACGCGCAGAUGGAAGAUAUCUCUGCGAACCGUAUUCAGGAGAUGGAUGAUGACGACUACGCUGGCAUAUGA